GUACCUUCACACAAGAUUAAACCUCACGGGUACAUUUUAAAAAUAGGUUUUGGUUUGCUGGCCUUCCUUUUCUGUGUAGGGUGAAGGAAACUCCUCCACGUGAAGGACCUGCACUCCUCUGCUCUCCAUCCAUGACACAAAGUGCCUGACACUGGGUUAUGGGCAAGUCGGAAAGCCAGAUGGAUAUAACUGAAAUGAACACUCCAAAACCAAAGAAGAAGCUGGGAUGGAGUGGCCUGGAGGUCGGGCUGGCAGUGGUGGUGGUGCUGCUGACCAUCGUGGCCAUCACCAUGAUCGCCCUGUACGCCACCUACGACGAUGGGGUUUGCAAGACUCCAGACUGUAUCAAAUCAGCUGCACGGAUCCUGGAGAACAUGGACCCCAGUGCCAGGCCCUGCCAGGACUUCUACCAGUUCGCCUGCGGGGGGUGGCUCAAGAGGAACGUCAUCCCCGAGACCAGCUCCCGUUACAGCAACUUUGACAUUUUGAGAGACCAGCUAGAAGUUGUUUUAAAAGAUGUCCUCGACACCCCCAGCACCAGCGACAUCCCAGCAGUGCAGAAGGCAAAAACUCUCUUCAGGUCCUGCAUAAAUGAAACUGCCAUUGAUAGCAGAGGUGGAAGGCCUCUAAUUAGUUUAUUGCCAAAUGUGUCUGAGUGGCCUGUAGCAACAACUGACUGGGAUGCUUCCUAUGGGACUGCUUGGACAGCUGAGACAGCUAUUGCACAGCUCAACUCCAGAUAUGGAAAAAAGGUCCUUAUUAAUUUUUUUGUUGGCACAGACGAUAAAAAUUCCACAGCACAUAUCAUUCACAUCGACCAGCCGGGGCUGGGCCUGCCUUCCCGGGACUACUACGAGUGCACUGGUGCAUACCAAGAGGCAUGUUCUGCCUAUGUUGAUUUCAUGAUUUCUGUAGCUGAACUAAUCCUACAAGAAAGAAAUAUUUCUGUCAACGAGAGUGAUAUUUCUGCACAAAUGAGAAGAGUAAUGGAGCUGGAGAAAGAGAUUGCCAACGCAACAACAAAAUCUGAAGACAGAAAUGAUCCACUUCUGCUCUACAACAAAAUGACCUUGGCACAACUCCAAAGCAACUUCUCACUGGAAAUCAAUAAGAAGGUGUUCAACUGGUCAGAAUUCAUAAAUGCUAUCAUGUCAACUGUCCAAAUCAACAUUGACAACACAGAACAUGUCAUUGUUUAUGACCCUGACUACCUUCUCAAGCUCAAGUCUAUUCUUGUGAAAUACUCUCCCAGGGACCUGCAGAAUUACAUGACCUGGAGAUUUGUGAUGGAUCUUGUCAACAGCCUCAGCAGGGACUACAAGGACACGAGGAAUGCUUUCCGUAAGGCCCUGUAUGGCACCACGUCCGAGACGGCGGCCUGGCGCCGCUGCGCCAACUACGUCAACGGGAACAUGGAGAGCGCCGUGGGCCGGCUCUACGUGCAGGAGGCCUUUGCUGGGGACAGCAAACACGUGGUUGAAGAAAUGAUUGCAGAUAUACGUGAUGUUUUUAUAAAAACCUUAGACGAACUUUCCUGGAUGGAUGCAGAGACCAAAAAGAGAGCAGAACAAAAAGCAAGAGCAAUUAGAGAGAGGAUUGGUUAUCCCGAUGAGAUCGUGACAGAUGACAACAAGCUCAACAGUGAGUACCAGGAGCUGAACUACAAAGAAGAAGAAUACUUUGAAAACAUUAUUCAAAAUUUAGUAUUUACCCAGAAGAAAAGGUUGAAAAAGCUUAGAGAGAAGGUGGACAAAGAGGAGUGGAUAAGUGGAGCUGCUGUUGUCAAUGCUUUUUAUUCAGCAAGCAGGAAUCAGAUAGUCUUCCCUGCAGGCAUUUUGCAGCCCCCUUUCUUCAGUGCCUCCCAGCCCAGGUCUCUGAAUUACGGCGGCAUCGGGAUGGUCAUCGGGCACGAGAUCACCCACGGCUUCGACGACAACGGCAGGAAUUUUAAUGAGAACGGAGACCUGGUGGACUGGUGGACUGAAGAAUCAGCAAGGAAUUUCAAGGAGCUGUCCCAGUGCAUGGUGUACCAGUAUGGGAACUUCUCGUGGGACCUGGCAGGUGGACAGAACCUGAGUGGAAUCAACACACUGGGAGAAAACAUUGCUGAUAAUGGGGGUGUGAGACAAGCAUACAAGGCUUAUGAAAACUUUGUGAAAAAACAUGGAAAAGAAAAGCUUCUUCCUGGUCUCGACAUGAACCACAAACAGCUGUUUUUCCUGAACUUUGCACAGGUGUGGUGUGGAACGUACAGACCAGAAUAUGCAGUGAACUCCAUCAAGACAGACGUGCACAGCCCAGGCAGAUUCAGGGUCCUGGGGUCGCUGCAGAACUCCCCAGAGUUUUCAGAAGCCUUUUCCUGCACCACGAGAGACAACAUGGACCCUGCCAAGAAGUGCCGCGUCUGGUGACGGACUGCAAGCCUCGCCUCCCCAGGAGCUUUCCAGGAAAAGAGACCCUGCCAGUGGGCUUGGGGAAGGGCAGGAGGGAAGGAAGCAGAGGGGACACGCUCGGGACACGCUGCAGCCCUCGUUAAACACGCAGAGCCCAGCCAGGACUGCGGCAGCGCCGGGAGCCGGGCUGGCUCACCUGUGUGGCAGCCGCACCUGCCCAGCCCGGCCCUGCCCACAGCCGCUCUUUGGACUCACCGCUAAAUGGCAAAGCGCAGCAUCUCCCGCCGUGCGGGAUUUCUGAUCGGGGGGAAGGAAGUCAGGAACACAUUUUAGCCAUCAUGACACGACAGACACACUUUAUAUCCCGGUGUCAGACUUUGUGCACUCUGCUGUUGGCAAAUCUGUUCUACCAAAUGUUUCCAUUUUACUUGAAACCAUUUAUACGAGAGGAGUCCAAAGACCUGCUGUACUUCAGUAACUUCUCACUAAUUACUCCAGCCUGUAUUACCUACGUCCCUAUUCACAACAGUUAAUUUACAGCUUUCCAGCCCAACUGAAAUCAUAGGUAAUUUAUUCAUUUCUGUAUGAAUCAUCUGUAAGAUUAUGAUCAAAGAUCUGUAACAUUGUGACCCUUUCACCAUUUUCUAAGCUUUUUCUUGCUUUCUCUAAAGUUGCUCUUUUUUAAAGUUUCUAGUAAUGUAUAAAUCAUAGUUUUUAUAUUUAAAUCUUGAGCUACACUUUUGACUUGAAGUAUUGUAACAUAUUUUAUCAGUGGCUGCAUAGAACUGGGAAAUUGAACUAAAGCAUGGUAUCAGGCAAUAAGACAAAGCCUACAAAACUGAGUUCCCCAGUGGAGGGACAAACAUUGGAGUUUUCAGGCUGACUCUGAUCAGGCUCUGAUCCUGCACUAACUCGUACAGUUCUGAUCAGUGUCAGUCCUCACCAGGAAAGCUGCACAGCUGAUUGCAAGGGUCUCAAGGAGCUUUAAGUAGGAGGGUAAAAGGCUUUAAAUCUGCAAUGAUAUGUAUUAAACAUUCUCAUGCAGAUUGCAAAGGAACUUACUGCUUUGUUUGUCAAAGCAAAGACAUUUGCAAACCAAGUACCAGAUACCUCAGAUGACUGCUACUAUAGGUCUAUUUAAAAACCUAUGUUCUUUUAGCUUUCUGAGUUUGUCAUCUGAUCAAAACAUUUUGAUAAUAAACUGAAAUUAUGAGCCAAA